CCUUUUCAGCUAUAGUCAGGUGAUCCCACUUGUGGCCAAUUUAUAAUUAUAAACAAUUACAAUAGUAAAUGAUUUUGAUUACAACUGAUAUGUACCAUUUUUCUUAUUAUUGUGCAUUGGAACACAUCAGUGUGAUAGCUAUUAAGAGAGAGACAGGGAGAAAAUAAAAAGAAAUGUGCACAGAAUAUGUGCAUCACUGUUCAUCCUGUUCCAUGGUGACACCAUCACUAGCCCAGUGAAAUACCCCAGAUAAAGGUGUUAAUGUUCCGGUGCCCCCCACAGGCUCAGGCAGGUUUGUUUUGUACUAACUUGUGAAUAUGCAUGAACCAUGGGUGGGAGGUCAAUAUAAGGCUGAAUUUACCCUCUGUUGUCAUUUAAGCCAGAGCAGACAAAGUCACAAUGCAUCUAUAUUUCUCCUGCUUCAUCCUUCUAUUUGUACCAGGAGGAAAAAGCCUGGGAAUCAACAGCCACCUUAAACAUAUGUCCAACAAGUCACAGGAUCAGGUCAACAGAACCAGAACAGUGGGCUCCAAGGACGUGGCUGCUCUACCUCUGUCAAGCUACAUGUUUAACCUCUACCAAAGCUUCCACCAUUCAGAACUGAACCAUGGCAUGGAGGCUGCUCCAUCACUUUCAUUGAAUCAUCGAGCUGAUAUUAUUAGAAGCCUAGCUGUAAAAAGUUAUGACCAUGGAGGAAGUUUAUGGACACUUUUAUUUGACUUCUCAUCCCUCAGUCAAGAAGAAGAACAUCAAUUUGCUGAAGUCAGGUUUGACUUUAGAGCAUUUUCAGAUGCAAUUUUGGUUGGAAUGGAGGUGAUAGUAGACUUUUUUCAUCAGUCCUCAACAUGCCAAAGCAUUAGUGGAUUUUGCCAAAGCUAUCUGUAUGUUGGCUCACUUACAAGUACACUUUGGCCAAGGUCUUCGGAUAGCUGGGUGACGUUUGAGGCUACUGACAUAAUACACAAAUGGUUUGAGAGGAAUGAUAAAGGAAAAAAUCAUUCUGAAGGUCACAUGAAGCAGCCUAAAAAAUUGCACAGAGCCAAGAGUGCAGAACGUAGGUAUCAACAACGGAGUACUGAAGAUCCACGGAUAUUAAUGAUGGUCUACUCCAACAUUUCAAAGAAAGAGAAACUUUCGGGGACAGCCACAUUAUUACAAGAUGCUGCACACUCCAAAUAUCUAGCAGUAAUGCCAGGUAUUCAAACAAUUGCGAACUCUAGAAGGCACAGAAGAAGUCACAUCUUUAAGGAACACAUUAUGGGUAUGAAACAUGUUCCAUCUGCAGACAGCUCAAGGACUUUGUGCAGGAGAGUUGACUUCUUUGUAGAUUUUAAGCAGAUCGGAUGGGACUCUUGGAUCAUUCACCCAGUGAAGUAUAAUGCCUAUCGUUGUGAAGGUGAAUGCCCUAGUCCAGUUAAUGAAAGCGUGAAGCCAAAUAACCACGCAUACAUGCAGAGUUUGCUGAACUACUAUGUGAAAGGAAAGGCUCCGAGCGUUUGCUGUGUCCCAAUCAGGAUGAGGUCUCUCAGUAUGGUAUACUAUGAUCAUGACGAUAUUGCAUUUCAGAAUCACGAAGGAAUGAUUGUGGAAGAGUGUGGCUGCCAGUGAAGAUACAAAAGUCAUUGGCAGUUAUCUCCAUGUUGGAUUAAUGGAGGUCAAACCCCUAACACUGAACAAAAUACAUAGAGGAAUUCUUCCUUCUGGCAUGCUUGGUUCUACAAGCUUCAUACUUUACCAGCAUCGUUGUUAUUCUGGAGGCCAGUAGAUAACUAUCACAGAAGUUGACAGCACCAUUUCACUUAUAUUACACUUCUAUAUUGUGAUGGCAACUUUAUGUAAAAUGAUGUCAGUUUACUGCCAGCAACGCACGGAAUGCCCUGAGUGCAAACAUCAUAAAAGUUACGUUGGAACCAAUCACAUCUUAGGAAACUUAGCUCCAUAAAUGAUUGGCAGAUGAACCCCAACUUUUCCCAUGUUGGAAAAUGUACUCUGUGCUAUGCGGACUACCCAGAAAACCAUAUUGUGCACUAAUGUAAAUAUGAAAGAGAAAACAUAAUUUAAUUUUGUACUUAUUUGACUUAAUGUUAAAAGAUAAAUUAAAAAAAAAAUCUUUGGCCAGUUUGACUGCUUUAAAUUUCCAUUGCAUGCAAUAAUGGGUUGU